AUGCAUACACACAUCUCUCUCUGUACAUACAUACAUCUCUCUCUACAUACAUAUCUAUCUCUCUCUCUCUACAUACAUACAUACAUCUAUCUCUACGUACAUACAUAUCUCUCUACAUACAUUCAUCCAUCCAUCUCUCUACAUACAUACACCCAUCCAUCCAUCCAUCUCUCUACAAACAUCCAUCUAUCUCUCUCUCACAUCCAUCCAUCCACAUUCUCUCUCUACAUCCAUACAUCUACAUCUACAUCCAUACACCCACAUAUCUCAUACAUACAUCUAUCAUUCAUCACAUCCAUACAUCUACUCUACAUACAUCUAUCUCUAUCUCUACAUACAUCUAUCUCUAUCUCUACAUACAUCUAUCUCUCUCUCUACAUACAUCCAUCUCUCUCUCUCUACAUACAUCCAUCAUCUCUACACACAUCUACAUCUCUCUCUACAAACAUCCAUCUACAUCUCUCUACAUACAUCUAUCUCUCUCUCUCUCUCUACAUACAUCUAUCUCUCUCUCUCUCUCUCUACAUACAUCUAUCUCUCUCUCUCUCUCUCUCUACAUACAUCUAUCUCUCUCUCUCUCUCUACAUACAUCUAUCUCUCAUCCUCUCUCUCCACACAUACCAUCUAUCUCUCUCUCUCUCAACAUCCAUCCCUCUCCCCCACACACCAUCUCUCUCUCUCUCCCCACACACAUCCAUCACACCAUCCCCCAUCCCACACACAUCCAUCCCCCACACACUCCUCUCUCUCUCUCUACAUACACCAUCUCUCUCUCUCUCUCUACACACAUCUAUCUCUCUCUCUCCCCCACACACAUCUAUCCUAUCUCUCUCUCUACAUACAUCUAUCUCUCUCUCUCUCUCUACAUACAUCUAUCUCUCUCUCUCUCUACAUACACAUACAUCUAUCUCUCUCUACAUACAUCUAUCAUCUAUCUCUACACUCAUCUCUCUACAUACAUCUAUCUAUCUCUCUCUCUCUACAUACAUACAUCUAUCUCUCUCUCUCUACAUAUUAUACAUCUCUCUCUACAUACAUCUAUCUCUCUCUCUACAUACAUACAUACAUCUAUCUCUAUAUACUGGUAACUUGGUCAUUCGCCACUGCAUAGCUACGGGCCAUCAUUAUAGUGCGAGGAAUCAACGCGCUCGCCAUUAA